AUGAUCGAAAAUGAUCAAAGCAAACAAAUUUUUAAAAAACCAAUUCCAAGAAUUUGCAAUAAUAAGGAAUUAUUUCAAAAUAACAAUGGUAAAGAAAAUACGAUUAUUAGUCGGUCCAGAAGUAUUGAAAUGACUGGAGUGAUUAGGGAAGAUACAAAAUCUUAUAUAAAACAUGAAAUUGCCAGAAAUAAUUAUAAGUCAAUUUAUGGAGUACAUAAUUUUACAAAAAUAUCAGCAAUGAGUAAAGAUCCUGAAAACCAUAAUGGUUUAAAACCAAAAAUUUAUAAUAAAGGUUUGACUGGAUCCUUAGCAAAAAGUAACAUUCACUCCCAUUUUGAUCAUGAAAAAGAUAUUUAUGUGAAAACAAAUCCAAAAGAAGUUAUUAAUAAAGUUAAUAUAUUAAAGAUAGAACCCAAAAAUGAGUUGAAGGAUCUACAACUAGACAAAAAUAAUUUAGUAAAAGAACCUCUAAAAACUUUGGAAGAAAAUAAAAACAUUUCAUUAUCUGAUCAGCCUGGCCACCAUAGUAAACUUCUCAAUACUAUAUAUGUAAAUCAAAAUAUUCAAGCAAAAGUUGAGGCUUAUAAGAAAUAUAUUUUAUGUAACCCUUUAAAUCUUAUGCAACAAAAAACUAAUUUCGAUGUUGCUCUUACAAAUAUCACAAAUACAAAACAAAUAGUCAAAAAAAAGUUAGAUGAUAAAACUGAAGACAUCAAAAUCAAAGAGAGCAUAAAUUACAAUAAUCCUCCACACACCAAUUCAUCAUCAAGCAGGAAAAAAUGGUGUGUGAAUGAUUUCGAAGUUGGAAGACCUCUAGGUAGAGGAAAAUUCGGAAAUGUUUAUUUGGCUCGAGAAAAACAAACCAAAUUUAUCGUUGCUCUCAAAGUACUAUUUAAAAAUUCUUUGGCGGAAGCUAACAUAGAGCAUCAGGUCAGGCGUGAAAUCGAAAUUCAAUCUCAUUUAAGGCACCCAAAUAUACUAAAACUUUAUGGCUAUUUUUAUGAUUCGUCUAAAGUCUAUUUAAUCUUGGAACAUGCUCCACAGGGUGAGUUGUACAAGAAAUUAAAAGAAUGUAAACGGUUUGAAAAAACUAUUUCCGCAAAUUACGUGUAUCAAAUAGCGGACGCUUUAAAGUACUGUCACGCGAAAAAUGUAAUCCAUCGGGAUAUUAAACCCGAAAAUUUACUCCUUGGUAUGAAUGGCGAUAUCAAAUUAGCCGAUUUUGGAUGGUCUGUCCAUGCCCCAGAUUCAAAGAGAGCCACAUUAUGUGGGACCAUCGAUUAUCUUUCGCCAGAAAUGAUAUUAAGUUUACCCCACGAUUCCGCCGUGGAUCUAUGGUGCCUAGGGGUAUUGUGCUAUGAAUUUUUAGCCGGAAAUCCUCCUUUUUAUUCCACUAAAGUCAAUGAUACGUAUGCCAAAAUAACGAGAGUUCUCUACACCUUUCCUUGUGAUGGAUUUGACGAUGGCUCAAGAGAUUUGAUUAAAUCACUUUUAAAGAAGAAUCCAAAGGAACGUUUAUCUUUGGGAGAAGUAAUGCAACACUUUUGGAUCCAAGCAAACAUGACUAAAAUAAAUAAGGAACUCAAGAAAUAA